AUGGCGUCUGGAUCGAUUCAGAUUUACCCAGCGCCCCCUACGGUCCGCAUUGUCCACUUGGGACACGCCUGUAACGUUGAGGAAGAGCGCCACGCGGAGAGGGUGUACACAAUCCGGGAGGGAGAGACGCUUGAACUCACCUGUCUUGUCACAGGACACCCACGGCCACAGAUCCGAUGGACCAAGACAGCAGGCAGUGUGUCUGACCGCUUCCAGGACUCGAGUGUGUUUAACGAGACGCUGCACAUCACCAAGAUCCAGAGACACCAAGGGGGACGCUACUACUGCAAGGCUGAGAACGGCCUGGGCUCCCCGGCCAUCAAGUCCAUAAGGGUCGACGUCUACUUCCUGGAUGACCCUGUAGUGACGGUGCACCAGAGUGUAGGAGAGGCCAAAGAGCAGUUCUACUAUGAGAGGACGGUGUUCCUGCGCUGCAUGGCUAACUCCAACCCCCCUGUCCGCUACAGCUGGCACCGCGGACGAGAUGUCCUCUCACAGGGCUCUGACAAGGGAGUGGAGAUCUACGAACCAUUCUUCACACAGCUGCAGGGGGAGACGAAGAUCUUGAAGCUGAAGAACCUUCGUCCUCAAGACUAUGCCAACUACAGCUGCAUCGCUUCUGUUAGGAACGUCUGUGGCAUUUCAGACCGAAACAUUGUCUUUAAACUCACCAACAAGACAGUGUCUCCGUCCAUCAAGCUGCUAGUGGAAGACCCCAUCGUGGUGAACCCUGGCCAGACGGUGUCCCUGGUAUGUAUCACUACGGGUGGGGAGCCCAAACCAACGCUGAGCUGGGUCAGCAGCUCCGACAGCCUGCCUGAGAAAAGUGUGGUAAAGGGUGGAACACUCACCCUGCCGGCCAUCACCUCAGACGAGGCUGGUGUAUACAGCUGUCUGGCCACUAACAACGUGGGCAACCCGGCCAAGAAGUCUACCACGAUAGUGGUCAGAGCGAUGAAGAAGGGCCGUUUCUGGAUCACCCCUGACCCCUACCACAACGACGACAACAUCCAGAUCGGCCGUGAGGUCAAGAUAUCCUGCCAGGUGGAGGCCACGCCCCCUGAGGAGCUGACGUUUGGUUGGCUGAAGAAUGGGCGCGCCUUGCGGAGCUCUGAGCGAAUGGUGAUCACCCAGACGGACCCUGACACCUCCCCUGGCACCACCAACCUGGACAUCAUCGACCUGAAGUUCACUGACUUUGGCACCUACACCUGUGUGGCUGCGCUGAAGGGAGGGGGCAUACCUGAGAUCAGCAUAGACGUCAACAUCUCCUCCACUACUGUUCCUCCCAACCUGACAGUGCCGCGGGGUAAGAGCCCCCUGGUGGUCCGGGAGGGUGACACGGUGGAGCUCGAGUGUCUGGUUUCAGGGAAGCCCAAGCCCAUUAUCCUGUGGUCUCGGGCCGAUAAAGAGGUGCCCAUGCCGGAUGGGAGCCUGCAGGUGGAGAGCUACGACGGGGUGCUGCGGAUUGUCAACGUGUCCAGAGAGAUGACCGGCUCCUACCGCUGCCAGACCAGCCAGUUCAAUGGGUUUAAUGUGAAGCCCAGGGAAGCUGUGGUGGAGCUCAUCGUACAAUACCCUCCGUCGGUGGAGCCUGUUUCAUUGGAGAUGCGUCAGGGCCUGGGCCGGCCGGUGGCCAUGAACUGCCGGGUCCUGCGUGCCCACCCCUCCCGGGUGCUGCGCUACGAGUGGCGGCUGGGGAACCGCCUGCUACACGCUGGACACUUCGACCAGAGCGAUGAGACGGAGUACACCGUCAAAAGCCUCAACCGCGAGGGCUGGGGGGAGUACACCUGUGAUAUCAUCAAUGAGGCCGGUGCCGGGCGCUGCACCUUCUUGGUAACAGGGAAAGCGUAUCCUCCAGAGUUCUACUACGACACGUACAGUCCGCUGUGGCAGAACCGGCCUAGAGUCUAUGGCUUCAAACUGCAGUGGACCCAGAUGAACCCCAACGCUGUGGAUCGCAUCGUGGCCUACCGCCUCGGCAUACGUCAGAUGGGACAACAGCGGUGGUGGGAGCAGGAGAUCACUGUGGAAGGAACCAUCACCAAGGGAGAGCUGAUCACACACAACCUGACAGAGCUUAUCAAGCCAGAGGCCUAUGAGGUGCGCCUCACCCCCAUCACACGCUUCGGAGAGGGGGACUCCACCAUCAGGAUCAUCACCUACAGUGCUCCCGUCAACCCUCACCUGAGAGAGUUCCACUGCAGCUUCGAGGAGGAGCCCAUCUGCAUGUUCACACAGGACAAAAAUGACGACUUCGAUUGGACGAGACACAGCGCCGCCACCCGUGACACCAAGUACACACCCAACACCGGGCCUAGCGGUGACCGCAGUGGAUCCAAACAGGGUUUCUACAUGUACAUCGAGACGUCCCGGCCUCGGAAGGAGGGCGAGGUAGCAAGGCUGGUCAGUCCUUUCUUCAACGUGGCGCCCAAGAACCCGUACGGCAUCACCAACCCCCCGGCAUACUGCUUCGGCUUCUUCUUCCACAUGUACGGAAAACACAUCGGGACCCUGAACGCGCUCCUCAGACAGAAGGGUCAGGCAGCGACAGAGGGGCCCACCUGGUCACUGAGCGGUAACCAAGGCGACCACUGGAAACAGGCCAAAGUUAGCAUCCACCCAACCGCCUCUUUCCAGGUGGCGCUGGAGGGUAUCCGAGGUCCUGGUAUUGAGGGGGAUAUCGCAAUUGAUGACAUCACCCUGGAGGAGGGAGAGUGUAGAGAUCUACCGGCCGUUAAUCUCAGAUCCGCUGCCCCGUCUACAUCUGCCCAUAUAUGGCUGCUGACUGUCACCUUGGCGAUGACAUUCCGGUGGGGUCAUAGGUGA